AUGGAUGCACGGAUAGAGGCCUUUCCAGACAUUGUCAUUGAACAGUUGGUCAAUGUACUCGAUGCACGCGAUAUCCUAGCUCUUUCGCAGACUUGCAAAUCAUUGCAUUCCAUUUUCACCAGUCAAGAAGUCUGGAAGAGCAAAACCAUUCACGAGUUUGGCAACUUGUUCCACGUAUACACCAUUUUUACCACGGCGACGGGUCUUGAACUGGCACCAGAUCUCGCUCAAAAAUUCUCCCACGAACCUUCGGACUGGCGCGCUUACUACUUGAAAAAGAAUGCUUCCGCGCAACAGAGCGACGACGACGCGCUGAUGGAUCAAGCCGAUAAAGAAUACAGAGAAGCACAAUCGUACCUCAAGACGUUCCAAAAUGACGGCAGUGUGACCGUCUUGAAUCAAGUCGCAUCAAAAAUGCUCUGGAUUCUUGAUGUGUUUCCUGGGCAUGCUGGUUGCUAUUAUAUUUUGGGCUUUAUUUUGUUUGUCUUGAACCAGUUGGAAGACGCCAUGAUUCUGUUACAAAUGGCACGAGCGGUGGAUCCAGACUUUGAUCUUGUGGAUGAUUUGGAAGGUGAAAUUGAACGUAUUCUUCAUGGAUACAAUGGUGAUGAACAUGGUCCUUCCCUGUUGGAGAACGAUUCUUUAUCCAAGGAUUUGGCCGAGGUCCUUGUUGCCAUUUUCAAAAAGUUUGACAAGGACAAUGAUGGCGCCCUGCGACCUGAAGAACUCGACAGUUUUAUCUUUGCCACCAACGGCUCUCAUCCGCCCGCGCCUUUUCUCCGUCAGAUGGGUCAACGCUUCGGUUGCAAUAGCAAAGGAUGGUUAACAAGAGACGGGUUUUUGGUAGGCUUGCAUUUGACGUGA